AUGGACGGAAUGAUUGCAAUGCUCCCUGCUCCACUGCAGAAGUUAUCCUCACAUAUCGAUUUUCAAGGACAAAAAGUCGCUGAACGCACCUAUCAGGUAAUCCUCACUCUUGCCGGAAUUAUUGGUUUCUUUGUCGGAUUCUGGACCCAACAACUCUCUUAUGCUAUUUUCACUGUGAUGGGUGCUUCCGCCUUCACUGCUCUGAUCAUUCUUCCACCAUGGCCAUUCCUCUUCAGAAAGAACCCUAUUGUGUGGCAAACUCUAACGGAAGAACAAGAAACAUCCCCAGACAGCAGCGAAAAGAAAGAUGAUAAGAAGAAAAAGGAGACGAAAAAAACAAAAUAA